GUGUUAUAGCCCUCUUCUGCCGCCAGUAUGACAUCAUCAAGGACAACGAGCCCAACAACAACAAGGAAAAAACCAAGAGCGCAUCUGAAACAAGCACACCAGAGCACCAGGGUGGCGGUCUCCUCCGCAGCAAGAUAUGAAACCCUUUCAGUGCUUGCUCUGAGCAGCUCAGAAGACAGUAGAGAAUGUGAGAGGACCUCACUAGAACAGUGACGAUGAUUGUCCAACAGACAUCUGGCCUUCUCUGCGUCUUCUCCCCACUUCCAUCUUCCUGUAUCAUCAGGCUUCCUAUCUUCUCUCUUGGCUUCUCUCUUUCUGAUGUCUUUUCCUGAAGCCUCUAAGUAACCCCUAACUCCAGGAGCACCUCAAUAAUGUCGGUGGCUGAGGUUUGCAAUCAGAGACAGAUCUACAGGCCAUGAGAGAACCAGGCAGAGGGAUGCCUUUGCAGGGGUAGACUGGGUGCCAGGGCUCUCAGCCCAGGGUUUGCAUCUUGGCCACUCAGCUUGACCGAAGGCCAGGUGUGAAAAGGCAGAAAAACAAGACUUUCAGGCGGGGCCAUUCUUUUCUUUCUGCGAGGGAGAAGAGCCUGGUGUCUAGGCUGUAGCCCUGCUGUUCCUUUCCUCCUCUGUCCUGCUUCCUAGCUUGCAAGAAGUCUAUUUAACCAGCUAUGGCCACUUCUCUCAUUUGCUCCCUCCCGUUUCUCUGUGAACAUCCUCAAAGUGUGGCUACCCCCAUCUUCAGGGGAAGGGUUUCAUCCUCUGUUGCUCCCUGUGCCCUUCUGGGCAUAGGGUGAAAGCUGACGAAAGUGGUGGGGGUGCAGCUUGCCACCGUUUUUCCUUUUCCCCACCGUAGUCUGAUGGAGGAGGCCGAACUACAAACCCAAAUUCUGAAAAAAAAAAAAAAAAAAAAAAGCCACAAAGCUAGAGGGUAGAUACCAUUGUGGAGAAGGCAAAGCUGCAUGAGACACAGCCUCCUGCCUCACUUCUCCUGGACUGUCUUCCACAAAUGCACAAAGCAGCUCUGGAAGAGAGCAAGACUGGCUGGAGCUGUGUCUGUCCGACCAAGGGCACCAAGGAAGGUGUGGGGCUGGCCUGACUCCAUCAAGCCCUUUCUGGAUUGAGCCAAUAAAGACGUCUUCGGUGUGAGGUGCUCCACUGCCAGUGUGUAUGCGGUUAGUUGUUUUGACUCUCGGGAAACCCAACUGGAAGGCUGCACUCCAGAGGCUAGAGGACUGAGAUAAGUGUUUGCAUCUAUCUUGCACAAGGACAGAUCUUUGUGGUGAGAUGAUAUGGAGAUUUAAGAAGACCCAGAAGGGACUGCCCACUUUUAAAGGAAGCGCCUCUGCCGUGCAGCAGUGUCAGCUUGGGUAAAUGAAAAGGCUACAUGAACAGCCCACAUCCUAGGGGCUGCUGAGACCUGCUGGAAAGCCAUUCACAUGAGAUGGGCAGAGAGCGGCCACUGUCACUUUGGAUUUCACAGGGUCCUGUGAAAGUUAUCCAGGGUUCUCGUCCUUCCCCAGAGCUUAAAGUAUGAAAUGACAGCUAGUGCUCUCUGUUCUCAUUCUCUCUCUGCUUUCUUCCUUUCCUUUGCCCCUUUCUGGUUAAAAAAAAAAAAAAAAGGUGCUUGAUGAGGCGAGCAGACUUCUUGGGGACUGAGGUACCAUGACUGCCAAAUGCCUGCAUGGGAAAAGGUGGACUGUACAUUUUCCAUCAGUGGCCAAGGCAGCACACAGUAGGUGCUUGGUAAAAUAUCUGUUGUACUGAAUGAUAAGCACUGGUGCCCAAGUCAGAGAGCUGAAAGCCAUCACCCAAUGACUGCCCCUUCAUUUGGGUCUUUAACAGCUCUCAAGGAUGAUGGGUUAGCCACCACUCUGCUUUCUCCAACUGUGGUAGCACGGGAGAGAAGAGACAGAUAAGGGCAGAUGUCAGCAACUUAAGGGCUUUCUCCUGGGAGAGAAUGAGGUUCCACUCAUCGUCUUGUGACUUCCAUCCCUGCUGAAUGGGGCUGCAAGGCCAAGGCUCCUUACAAGAGGUCCUUACCUCUGAUCGUUAGAGCAAUAACCACUUUUUAAAUGUAAAAUAAAGACAAAUAAUGAAAAGGCA